AUGCCAUCAGAGCCUGAUACUGGUUUAGGAACUGGCCCUCACGACCACAAACGACCAGGACAACAUGAGGAGCAGAAUCACUUUACGGAAACACCUGACGGCAAAGCUCACGAUGGUGCACCAAAAAUCAAGAAGCAUUACGACCAAAAUAAUGGAGACAAAUCAAGAAGGAAUAGCGCAUAUAGUUAUUAUAGUCCUCGUUCGCUUUCCAUGACCAAAAGUAAAGAGAGUGUUACUCCAAAUGGCAUGGAUGAUAUUAAUGUUCCCAAUGCAGAACAUUCAAGACCCGUAGAACCGAAAAUGAGAAGAGGCCCAUAUUUGCUCAAGAAAACAUUAAGUAGUCUUUCGAUGACCAGCACGAAUAGUAACCACGAUGAUAAUAAAGACCAUGGUUAUGCUUUGAAUUCUUCCAAGACGCAUAACUAUCCUUCCGCUCAUAGUCAUCAUGACAACCAUCAUGAUCAUCAUCAUGUGCAGUUUUUUCCCAAUAGAAAGCAGUCAUUUGCAGAAAGCUUAUUCAAAAGGUUUGCAGGGUCAAACAAUCACGACAGUAAUAAGUCAGGAAAGGAUAAUAAGGUUGCGAACUUAUCCCUUUCGACGUUAAAUCCUGCGCCUGCCAAUAGGAAACCCUCUAAAGAAUCUGCAUUAUCUACCCACUUGGCAGAUAAUGUACCGAACGCUCUACGAAGGAAGGUAUCCUCAUUAGUUCGUGGUUCUUCUGUCCAUGAUAUAAGUAGUAAUAAUCCGGAUAAACAAAUCAGACCAAAAGUUAUUUCACAGCCAGAGAAUGCAUUACAUUCGUCCGAUGUUUCCAAUAACAAACGUUCACACAGAAAAAGCUUCCUGUUAGGUUCUACAUCUUCCUCAAGCAGUAGAAGGGGCUCUAACGUUAGCUCAAUGACUAACAGUGACAAUGCGAGUAUGGCAACCUCGAGUAGCCAUGCUCUCCAUCAUAACGUACCUAAUAUCUCUCCAACUACUAAAGGCAAAGAAAGCGUUAACAGCAAAUCUGCUGAUCACCCUGAUAAUAAAUCUGAAAAAGUUAUUUCAGGGCCUAAUGACAACAUUCCAGAAAACCCUAUUUUUGAAGACAAACGUGAGGCCAGAACAUCCACCAUAGAAAAACCCAUUGCAUAUAAACCAUCUCUCUUUAGGUUAGACACAAACCUUGAGGAUGUAACUGAUAUUACAAAGACAAUACCUUCCACAGCUCUCAAUUCCACAAUAAACUCUACGCACGGUACUGAAACAGCCUCACCUAAGACAGUAACUAUGCCAGAAGGCCCACGGAAAUCAGUUUCGAUGGCUGAUCUUGCUGUUGCUGCUGCUGCACCCAACAAUGAAUUUACCUCAAUUACUAAUGAUAGAUCACAAUGGGUAGCACCUCAAAAUUGGGAUGUUGAAACGAAAAGGAAAAAACCAAAAUCUAAAGGGAGAUCAAAAUCAAGAAGAACCAGCAUAGAUGCUGAUGCACUUGACCCUAUGUCGCCGGCACCACUUUCAAAAAAAGAUUCUCGCCAUCGUAAAAAUCGCCACCACCAUCACCAUCACGACCAAAAAGAUAAUGAAUCGACGAUUACUGCUGAUAAUAGUAACUCAAGCUUUAUUAAUAUACCGAAAGAGAACAUUUCAAAUGAAAGCAAGCAGGCGGUUGAUUCUAAAUCUGUAAACCGCUUAAGAAGUAAUUUGACUAUGAGUCCUCCAAGCAUUCAAUAUGCUCCAUCAAAUAUAAAUGAGGACUACGACACAUCAUCGACUUCCUCAUCUUUGCCGUCCUCAUCAAUUAGCUCAGAAGAUACAUCUUCUUGCAGUGAGUCCUCUUCGUACACUUAUGCCUAUAUGGAUGCUAAUAGAGAGCAGGACACCAAAACACCAAUCCUGAAUAAAACAAAGUCAUACACUAAGAAGUUCACAUCCUCUUCAGUAAAUAUGAAUUCAUCAAACGGCGCUCAGAGUUCGGGAUUAUUACUACAGGAUGAAAAGGAUGAUGAAGUAGAGUAUGAAUUGGAACACUACUAUAAAGACUUCAGCGAUUUGGAUCCAAAGAGGCACUAUGCGAUCCGUAUUUUCAAUACUGACGACACUUUUACUACUUUGUCAUGUACUCCAGCGACUACAAUUGAAGAGAUAAUACCCGCACUGAAAAGAAAAUUCAACAUUACUACGCAAGGAAAUUUUCAGAUUUCCCUGAAAGUGGGAAAGUUAUCAAAAAUUUUAAGACCAACUUCCAAACCUAUUUUAAUUGAGAGGAAACUUUUACUUUUGAACGGAUAUCGAAAGUCCGACCCACUCCAUAUUAUGGGUAUUGAAGAUCUAAGUUUUGUUUUCAAGUUUCUUUUCCAUCCUGUCACGCCUUCUCAUUUUACGCCCGAACAAGAACAAAGAAUAAUGAGAAGUGAGUUUGUUCACGUAGAUUUGAGGAAUAUGGAUCUAACCACUCCUCCCAUUAUUUUUUAUCAGCAUACAUCAGAAAUAGAGAGUUUAGAUGUAUCCAAUAACGCGAACAUAUUCUUACCUCUGGAGUUCAUAGAAAGCUCAAUAAAAUUACUAAGUCUAAGAAUGGUGAACAUCAGAGCAUCUAAAUUUCCCUCAAAUAUUACUGAGGCAUAUAAACUGGUAUCCUUAGAAUUACAGAGAAACUUCAUAAGAAAAGUACCGAACUCGAUUAUGAAGCUAAGUAAUCUAACGAUAUUAAACCUUCAAUGUAAUGAGCUUGAAAGCCUACCAGCAGGGUUUGUUGAACUAAAGAAUUUGCAAUUAUUAGAUUUAUCUUCAAACAAGUUCAUGCACUACCCAGAGGUCAUUAACCAUUGUACGAAUCUUUUACAAAUAGAUUUAUCAUAUAAUAAAAUUCAAAGUUUACCACAAUCCAGUAAGAAGUUAGUGAAACUUGCAAAGAUGAACCUUUCUCAUAAUAAACUAAAUUUUAUAGGCGAUUUAUCGGAAAUGGCAAACUUGAGAACGUUGAACCUAAGAUAUAACAGGAUAUCAUCAAUCAAGACCAAUGCAUCUAACUUGCAGAAUCUUUUUUUAACAGAUAAUAGAAUUUCAAACUUCGAAGACACUUUGCCAAAACUAAGAGCGCUUGAAAUUCAAGAAAAUCCAAUAACAUCUAUCUCUUUCAAGGAUUUUUAUCCUAAAAACAUGACAAGUUUGACACUAAACAAGGCACAGCUGUCGAGUAUUCCUGGAGAAUUACUCAUCAAACUAUCUUUUCUUGAAAAACUUGAGCUAAAUCAGAAUAAUUUAACUAGACUACCACAGGAAAUAUCCAAGUUAACUAAGUUAGUUUUCCUUUCUGUGGCGAGAAAUAAACUAGAGUAUAUUCCUCCAGAACUCUCUCAGCUCAAGAGUUUAAGGUCGUUAGAUCUACAUUCCAAUAACAUAAGAGACUUUGUCGAUGGUAUGGAAAAUCUAGAGCUGACAUCAUUGAAUAUUUCGUCUAAUGCAUUCGGUAACUCUAGUUUAGAAAACUCAUUUUACCAUAACAUGUCAUACGGGUCAAAGUUGUCUAAAAGUUUGAUGUUUUUUAUAGCUGCAGACAAUCAGUUCGACGAUGCUAUGUGGCCACUUUUUAACUGCUUUGUCAACUUGAAAGUGCUAAAUCUUUCUUAUAAUAAUUUUUCCGAUGUAUCGCACAUGAAGCUUGAAAGUAUCACCGAAUUAUAUCUCUCCGGUAAUAAGCUUACAACAUUAUCUGGGGAUACAGUUUUGAAAUGGAGCUCUUUGAAGACUUUAAUGUUGAAUAGUAACCUAAUGCUUUCUCUACCUGCUGAAUUAUCGAAUCUUUCACAACUAAGCGUGUUUGAUGUUGGAGCCAAUCAAUUGAAGUAUAACAUAUCGAACUAUCACUAUGAUUGGAAUUGGAGAAACAAUAAAGAAUUAAAAUAUUUGAAUUUCUCGGGAAAUCGAAGGUUCGAAAUAAAAUCAUUUAUAAGCCACGAUAUUGAUGCUGAUUUGUCUGAUCUGACCGUUUUACCUCAAUUAAAGGUGUUAGGUUUAAUGGAUGUAACGUUAAACACCACGAAGGUACCGGAUGAAAACGUCAAUUUCCGUUUAAGAACGACUGCAUCAACAAUAAAUGGGAUGCGCUACGGUGUUGCUGAUACGUUAGGUCAGAGAGACUAUGUAUCAUCCCGUGAUGUCACUUUUGAAAGAUUUCGGGGUAAUGACGACGAAUGCUUAUUAUGCCUUCAUGACAGCAAAAACCAAAAUGCUGAUUACGGUCAUAACAUUUCUAGAAUUGUUAGGGAUAUCUACGAUAAAAUACUAAUCAGGCAACUGGAAAGAUACGGAGACGAUACAGACGACAAUAUAAAAACUGCGCUUCGUUUCAGUUUUUUGCAAUUAAAUAAAGAAAUUAAUGGGAUGCUAAAUUCUGUAGAUAAUGGUGCUGAUGUUGCUAAUCUUUCAUAUGCAGAUUUGUUAAGCGGUGCUUGCUCUACUGUGAUAUAUAUCAGAGGGAAACGACUUUUCGCAGCAAACCUAGGUGAUUGUAUGGCAAUUUUAUCCAAAAAUAAUGGUGACUACCAAACUCUAACCAAACAACAUCUCCCCACAAAAAGAGAAGAAUACGAGAGGAUUAGAAUAUCUGGAGGGUAUGUCAACAAUGGCAAAUUAGAUGGCGUUGUUGAUGUAUCUAGGGCAGUCGGAUUUUUUGAUUUGCUUCCUCACAUUCACGCUUCCCCUGAUGUUUCUGUUGUGACUUUGACGAAGGCAGACGAGAUGCUUAUUGUAGCCACACAUAAGUUAUGGGAAUUCAUGGACGUGGACACAGUAUGUGAUAUUGCCCGGGAAAAUAGUACCGAUCCGCUGCGUGCAGCAGCUGAGUUAAAGGACCAUGCUAUGGCCUAUGGCUGUACAGAGAAUAUUACUAUUUUAUGCCUUGCUCUCUAUGAAAACGUCCAACAACGGAAUCGGUUUACCCUAAAUAAAAACUCUUUGAUGACUAGAAGAAGUACUUUCGAGGAUACAACAUUAAGAAGGCUUCAACCUGAAAUAUCACCCCCAACAGGUAACCUAGCAAUGGUUUUUACUGAUAUUAAAAGCUCAACCUUUUUGUGGGAGCUGUUUCCAAAUGCAAUGAGGACCGCAAUAAAAACACAUAAUGAUAUAAUGCGUCGUCAGCUGCGAAUUUACGGUGGUUACGAAGUGAAGACAGAGGGUGACGCCUUUAUGGUGGCAUUCCCUACACCAACCAGUGGUCUGACGUGGUGUUUAAGUGUUCAGUUGAAGCUUUUGGAUGCACAGUGGCCGGAAGAAAUUACCUCGGUUCAAGACGGCUGCCAGGUUAUGGAUAGAAACGGUAAUAUCAUUUAUCAAGGUCUAUCAGUUAGAAUGGGUAUUCAUUGGGGUUGCCCAGUCCCAGAGCUUGAUUUAGUGACUCAAAGAAUGGAUUAUUUGGGCCCAAUGGUUAAUAAGGCUGCAAGGGUCCAAGGCGUCGCGGAUGGGGGCCAGAUUGCAAUGAGUAGUGAUUUUUAUUCUGAAUUUAACAAGAUAAUGAAGUAUCAUGAGCGGGUGGUGAAAGGGAAAGAAACGCUCAAGGAAGUGUAUGGUGAAGAGAUCAUUGGAGAGGUGCUUGAAAGGGAAAUUGCGAUGUUAGAAAGCAUUGGUUGGGCAUUUUUUGACUUUGGUGAACACAAGCUGAAGGGAUUAGAAACCAAAGAACUUGUUACAAUCGCAUAUCCUAAGGUUCUUGCUUCCAGGCACGAGUUUGCAUCUGAGGAUGAACAGACAAAAUUAAUUAACGAAACAAUGCUGUUUCGCUUAAGAGUUGUUUCAAACAGAAUAGAAUCUAUCAUGUCAGCCUUAAGUGGUGGCUUCAUUGAGCUGGACUCUCAGACAGAGGGAAGUUAUAUCAAGUUUAACCCUAAGGUGGAGAAUGGUAUCAUGCAGUCAAUUUCAGAAAAAGAUGCAUUGUUGUUUUUUGAUCAUGUAAUCACUAGAAUCGAAUCCAGCGUGGCAUUACUACAUUUGCGGCAGCAGCGAUCUUCAGGACUGGAAAUUUGCAGAAAUGAUAAAUCAUCUGCCCAAAGCAAUAUUUUCAAUGUUGUUGAUGAACUUUUAGAAAUAGCUAAAAAUGUAAAGAAUUCAUCGACUUGA